UCACGCUCUGUCACCUGCAGCUGUAAAACACACCUGUGAACGCGGGCUGGGCUGGGUGCGGCAGCGCGCGCGCGUGCCAGAGCUCAAACUUCGCGCGGCCAUGUGGGGGGUCAUCUCGUACCUGAACAGCCCCGAGCUUGUGGUCGGCUUCCAGCGGUGCUGUGGCCUGGUUCUGAGAGAGACUCGCUCGUUUAUAACUCAGAACGGAUGCAUAAACGCGAAUGGAUCCGAUAAGGACGGUCCGGUCACGAUCCACCGGCGCAAAGCGGAGCAGGUGGCGAACGGGACGUCACGCGCACACGACAGUAACUCCAACUAUAAAUGCGGCAGUUCACAAUAUGAAAUCAAAGAGCAUCCCAGGCCUCAUUAUGAGGUGAGGAAUUGGAUUUUCUACUUCCUGUUUGUGACUUCAGCCACUUUGGGGCAUGAAGUCUUUUACAUUACCUUUCUGCCCUGCAUCCACUGGAACCUCGACCCCUUCCUGUGCAGGAGACUCGUCAAUGUGUGGGCUGUGGUGAUGUAUAUUGGGCAAGUAAUGAAGGAUAUUUUAAAGCUGCCCCGUCCUCCAUCGCCCCCUGUGGUCAAACUGGAGACGCGUGUGGAUGCGGAGUACGGAUUGCCAUCCACACACGCCAUGGCAGCAACAGCCAUCUCAUUCACGCUGCUUCUCAGUGCUCACGAGAGAGUAAAGUUCCCGUUUGAGCUGGGAUUGAUUGUGGCCGUGGUUCUGUCUGCACUGGUGUGUCUGAGUCGUCUUUAUACCGGCAUGCACUCGGUUCUGGAUGUGAUUUGUGGCGUUGUAAUUUCAGCCGUCAUCAUGGCCGUGUCGUACCCGUACUGGGGAACCGUUGACUACCUGCAGCUCCACAGCCCCAUCUCCCCCUUCGUGGCAGUGGUGCUGCCCCUCUUCCUGUCCUACAAGUACCCAGAACUAGACCAUUACAGCACCACACGGGGGGACACCACCAUUAUUUUAGCAUGCAGUGCGGGAUGUUCAGUCGGAUACUGGGUGAAUGAGCGUUUGGGCUUGACCUUUGACCUAGCUGGGCCUUUUCCAGUGACUCUGCCACCUCUGACCCUUGCGGCCUUGGGCCUCGGUGUGGCACGGUUCCUGGUGGGGUUAGUGAUGCUGGUCCUGACCCGGCAGACGGUGCGCUGGGCAAGCCUGCGGGUGCUCUGCCGGAUUUACGGAGUGUCUGUGAGUGACGUCGACGCACGCAGGAGGAAAGAGAUCGAAGUGCCGUAUAAGUUCAGCACGUAUGUUUCCAUUGGACUGGUCAACAGUAUCUUGGUGAACAGAGUGUUUGUGAUGAUGGGACUUUGGGAUUUGGGAAAUUCUGUAUAAUUUCUCAGUUUACAGGUGAGACAGAAUCCCUCUCCAUCAUACAUUCUCAGAGAGAAAUUCACAUUAGUCUUUGUCCAGAAAUAACUUGCACAUUUAACCUAACUUCUCACAUUAAACAGAAUUUGAAAUUUUGAAAAAUUUUGAAAACUGAAUUACAGUUUGUGGAUGUUUUGUGUUAGGGCUGGGUAAAAAAACAAAACAGAUUUCUUAAUUUUAAUCAGUUCACAUUUUUAUGAACCAAUAUCAAUUUGUAAAUCCCAAGAAUCGAUCUUUUAGUCUAUGAAUGAACAGAACAUUGUAGCGUGCCUCCCAUCCGUUAAAUCACAAUAAGCUUUGUUACUUUUGAUAUUAAACAAAGUCUCAGAUUUCAAAUUAUGUCCAUUUUAUUUAUGAAAUUCAAACAAUACCGUUUUGGCGCUCUUUAAUGUGGCGUGGCAGAUCACUGUUGCCGCCUCAGUUCAAGUGAAGAGGCAGUGCGGAGCGCACGUGAAACGAUCAUCUCUUUCUCUUUACUACCAGUUACAGCGCAAAAUAAACAUGAAUGAACAUCAGAAGGUAUGUUAAAAGUUACAGUACAACUUACAGAAAUCCGUAUCAUGUCUCAUGUAAUCGCUCAGUCUGUUUCAACUGUGGAAAUAUGUCAUAAAACAGCUUAACAAUAGCUGUGUCACAUAACAUCACAUUUACCUCAGAAAAGCCAUUCAGUGAGCAUAAACUCGUUAGUCAGCUAGAAAAAUGAACUCUAGAUUGGAGCUUUUUGCUAAAUAUAUGCACCAUAUUACUUAUUCAUUAUAUUUUUACUGUUCUUCAAAAUGUAUGUUUGAAAUCAGUCACGUAUGACAGCCACCAUUGAAAUGUUUAUAUUUAAAAACUAAUUGGAGUAGAAACGUAAUUAUGUAAGUUAGUAUUAUAACUUUAUUAUUAUAAAACUUCCUUGUGUUUAAUAAGUGUCUGUAUACAAACUUCUCGGGUUAACAGUUACAAAUGUAACCAUGGUUCCCUGAGAAGGGGAACGAGACACUGCGUCUGAUAAGACGCUAGGGGGGAACGCCCUGGCGUCUUGUCAGAUGCAGUGAGAGUUCCCAUUCGAAAGGGAACUUAUUUUAAACUUCAAAAUUAUAGUAAUGUAGUAACCUACCAACUGACUCCUUGUAUAGUUUACAGCAUUAGUUGAGGGAUUUUUGUUUCCUUAAAGUACACAUGAAAUCAGAAUUGACCUUAUUUAUUUUGUUAGCUCAAAUUGCUAGUUUUGUGGUGAACAAUUCAUUCGUGCAAGUCAAUCCACACAAAAAAAUUGUUGGCUUCGUAAUAUUUAAUCAAAAUCUGAAAAUGCUCCUCCCCUCUUCAACGGUGCCCCUUCUCUAAUGACAUCAGUUUGACGGCUUGGGUUGGAAACGCUUAAACCACUCCCCUCCGACCGUUAGUCUGCUAUGAGCGAGAGAUGGAGAGGAGGAGCGCUAAAAUAAAACCCUGCCCUAUAUUCAAUAUUCUGUUUCACUUGGAAAUACGUCACAACACUGGAGAAAAGUCGUUUGCAACUUCCGGUUCACGGGGACUUUAAGAAAAAAAGCCAUGUAGCGUACCUGAUAUAUAUGCAAAAUAAUUGAUAUCAAAUCAAAUUGAAUCGGAAUCGAAUCUAAUCGCAAGCUUGUGAAUCGAGAUUGAAUCGAAUUGUGAAAUUUGUGUCAAUACCCAGCCCUAUUUUGUGUAGUUUCACUUGCAUUUUUAAAGGAAUAUUCUUGUUUAAAUACAAGCUAAAGGUGAAGUGAGUAAUUUCUGUGCCACAAGAAUCACCAAAUGAAAGCCUAAUGAAAAAAGGCUAAUUAUUAACUCUAUGCCCAUCUGCUAUAAAGUAAUGCAGGAGUCCUAAAACCUGGAAAUUAGUUGGCAUUUGUGUGAUUGAUCACCUAACUUUAACUUUUUACUUCUACCGAUUAAAGUAGAAACAUAAAAGUUUGUGAAUAUUAUCUUGCAUAACAAAUGUGCAACAAAUGAACAAAACGUGUAAGAAUCAUAAACUUUUGUUGGACACAGAGCAUAUUUUCUGCAAUAAUCCAAUAGCCAAUAUAAAAAUCCUUUAGGGUUUUUGGUGAGGGAACCAGGGUGAUGUGAACUUCCAGUUUAGCCUACAAAAUUAUGUCAUCCCUCCAGCAUUCUAUUGGUCAGACAGACAGUCCUGCCCUAAACCCCAUUGGUUGAGUCAGUGUUGAUGUUAAUGAUCAAAUAAAUAGAGUGAUAUUUUAAUCACACUUUUUGUGUGAUCAUCCAAUGUAUGCCUUACAUGAAGAUGGGAUGUGAGAACAUUACACAUUUCACCUUUAUAUUCUCUGGAGAGGAACUGUGGCAAACUGUUGAUUUCUACAUUCGGCUUGUACUUUUAGUUGUAAAAAGUGCAAAAAAUGAACUUCCAUAGAAAGUUCGUUUUUAUCAGAUGAUGUUUGACAUAAUUUUUUACUAACACAUAACAACACCUGUUAUAAAAUGCUUUGACUGCCUCAACUCUAUGAACAUUUGUCCUACAAUUAUUUUUAUUUUUUUUUACCAUAUAGUUAUGCAUUUGAUAUUUAUUACAAAAUGCUGAAGAACAUAUUUAGUACUUUGGCAUUCAGGAUGUGUGUUUAUGAGCUUUUACAGAUGUGGUGAAGGAAAUGAAUAAACACAGUAAAAAUGGCACUUAAAAAAAGUGUCGCCUCUCUC